AUGGCCACCAACGGCGAAACCGGCGACGCGCCUGUCGAUAACACCCACACCCAGUCGCAGCGUUACCUAAGCACUCGCGGAGAGGACAGUGGUUUCUCCUUCGAAGACGUCGUCCUCAAGGGCCUUGCCAGCGACGGCGGUCUGUUCAUUCCCGAGCACAUCCCCCAAGUCGGUGACUGGCAGUCCUGGAUGGACCUCUCCUUCCCCGACCUGGCCCAUAAGAUCCUGUCUCUAUACAUCUCUUCCUCCGAGAUCCCUUCCGCCGACCUCAAGGACAUCAUCGACCGAAGCUACUCCACCUUCCGGGCUCCCGAGACCACGCCGCUCCGCCACCUCAAUGACAAUCUCUACCUCCUCGAGCUGUUCCACGGGCCGACCUUUGCCUUCAAAGACGUUGCUCUGCAGUUCCUCGGCAACCUGUUCGAGUAUUUCCUCGUGCGCAAGAAUGAGGGCAAGACCGGGAAGGACAGACACCAUCUGACUGUGGUCGGUGCCACGAGCGGUGACACCGGCUCUGCCGCCAUCUACGGCUUGCGAGGCAAGAAGGAUGUCUCCGUCUUCAUCCUCCACCCCAAGGGCCGUGUGAGCCCCAUCCAAGAAGCCCAGAUGACUACCGUUCUGGAUGACAACGUCCACAACCUUGCCGUCACCGGCACCUUUGACGACUGCCAAGAUAUCGUCAAGGCUCUCUUCGCCGACCCCGACAUCAACUCGACUCACAACCUCGGCGCCGUCAACUCCAUCAACUGGGCGCGUAUCCUGGCCCAGAUCGUCUACUACUUCCACUCCUACUUCUCCCUCGCCAAGUCCUCCGAAUCGUUCAACAUUGGCGACAAGGUCCGCUUUGUCGUGCCCACUGGCAACUUUGGUGACAUUCUCGCCGGCUACUUCGCCUUCCGCAUGGGUCUCCCCGUUGACAAGCUUGUCAUCGCCACCAACGAGAACGACAUCCUUCACCGAUUCUGGACGACGGGCAGAUACGAAAAGCAGCCCGCGCCUCCCUCGGAGGCCACUGGCGGCCUCGCACAGGACGGUGUCAAGGCGCACGAGGACGGCGUCAAGGAGACCCUCAGCCCCGCCAUGGACAUUCUUGUCUCCAGCAACUUUGAGCGGCUGCUAUGGUUCCUGGCCUACGAGUUUGCUUCCAGCGCCGGCAUGGACGACGAGUGGAACAAGAGGCAGGCUGGCCAGGAGGUGUCCUCCUGGCUCAAGGACCUCAAGACCAAGGGCGGGUUCGGCCCGGUCUACCAAGACGUGAUCAACUCUGCCCGCCGUGACUUUGAGAGUGAGCGCGUCAGCGAUCCCCAGACCAUUGAGACCAUCAAGGGCUACUACAACAAGAUCGGCUACGUUUUGGACCCUCACUCCGCCAUCGGCGUCGCCGCUUCCGAGCGGUCCAUUAGCCGUGCGGGACCCGAGGUGCCUCACAUCUCGCUCUCGACGGCCCACCCGGCCAAGUUUGCCGGGGCCGUCGAUCUUGCGCUCAAGGAGGAGCCCGGUUUCAAUUUCGAGGAGAAGGUGUUGCCGUCUGAGUUCAUCGGCUUGGAGGAGAAGGAGAAGAGGGUAACAGAGAUUACCAACGACUGGCAGAAGGUGCGUGAGGCCGUUAGGGCCCAGGUCGACGAGGAGCUCAAGGCUGCUGCCGAGAGCUGA